UAUAGAUUGAACCACCUGCAGGCUGCAGCAGCUUCUGGAGAACAAUGUCAUCUGCUUUGCCAAGAAAUCUUCUAGCUCUGCUCCUUUUGACACUUGCUCUGCAAAUAUCUGAUGGGCAAUUCGACGGAUGGUGCAUAGCUGAUGAGCAGACCCCAGAUGAUGAACUGCAGAAAGCGCUGGACUGGGCUUGUGGAAAAGGAGGUGCGGAUUGCAGCCAAAUACAAGUAAACAAGCCUUGCUACUUGCCAAAUACAAUAAGGGACCAUGCCUCUUAUGCCUUCAACAACUAUUAUCAGAAGUUCAAGAGCAAAGGAGCUACUUGCUAUUUUAACUCAGCUGCAAUCGUCACUGAUCUUGACCCAAGUCAUAAUUCAUGCAAGUUUGAGCAUAUUCCUUGAAUGAAACCAUCGAAUAUCUGCAGUAAUGUCAUAGUAUACAGAUCGGUUUUAUGCUAUGUAAUGGCAAAUGCCAUAAUACAUGCAAGUUUGGGUAUCUUCCUUGAACGAGUUCAUCUAGUAAUUGCUGUUAAAUUCUCUCUCUCUCUCUUUCUCAUAGAAUCUUUGAAGGGAAUGCUUUUGUUUACA